GUUAGUCAUUUCGCUCCCCAGAAAUUCGCAGAUGGCAGAGCUAGGGUUGACAUGAGUCUUCUUCCGCCAAGCCUCUCAGCUUCAAUGGAGUAUCAAGCAGCUCCAAUAGAUGGCCUCACCGGGAACUUCAGUCUCUUUUCAAGAACGCUUUGUGUCGUUUCGGCUAAUUUGGGAAAAGCUUUGCGUCCACGAGAUUCAACCUUCUCCUGUGCCCAGCGUCCACAAGAUUCAACCUUCUCCGAGCGAAGUCAUCGUACAAAUGCUGAAUCAGAGCAAACUCAUCCAUUCUUCUUGCCUUCAUGGAUUGGCUAGACUUUAAGGUUGAAUAAACCUUUCAUCUUCAAGAGAUCGUCAUUAUGGAUAUCACAAUUGGGGCAGUGGUGGAGGAGGAGGGGGACAUGGCACUUCUCACCAUGUUUUUUUUGAGUUGAUUGGAGAAGCCCACUUGAGACUGAGAACAAAUAAAGUUGAUGAUUUCACAUCCGGGCUCCUAGAUAUCCAUUCCAAAAUGUUAGAGAUGGGUAAAAGUAGGUAUUUUAAGGGUUCAUUCUGUUGUGAUUGUGAUGUAGUCUGAAUAAAAGAUUAUAGUGAGUUUGAGUUCGAAAAGGAAAUAGAUCGAAAGGCUAAUAGAUAUAGUGUUGUCAUUCAGCUAAUCAACAUAUUCUUAGAUUGCCCUCAUUGGUGCAAGAGAAGAAGAUGAGAAAUGAGUCUCAGCUACAGGUGUUCAAGAUUGGCGGGGCUCGGGGCUCGGUAGUCUACUAUUCUCCUCCAGUGUCCAUUCUGAGGUUUUGUUGGUCGACCUGUCUGCAUAUUUUUCAAAAGAUUAUUCUCUUUAGUUUGUUUUUUUAAUAAUUCAUCACUUGAUCUCUUAAUUGUUUUUCUUUUUUUCCUUUCUGUUUCAUAGCUGCUAUAUAUUAUGACAAACCUCUUUGGUUAAUUUUGACUUCAUAGCCGCGAGGAAAGUAAACAUAUUAGAGCCUGAGCUGAGGGUAGCCUGUUAAUUAAGCUUGGCGCAGGUUCAAUAGGUUGGGAUUACAUUUCAUGUCUGUUAGGGUUAAUUUCAUGUGAAUAAAUUGAAUUAACAAUAGUGUCUGCUCUUUCAAAUGCUUAUUAUUUGUUCUAUAAAAAAAUAUACAAACUUGUGAAUAGAUGUUUAACACCAAAUGGGGUUAGGUGUGCAACAAAAUAAUUUUCGCGGACUAUGAUAAUUUAAGGGGACUCCACCUGAGACUGACUAUGAUAAUUUAUGCAAUGCUAAUGUUGCUUGUAAUGCUCUUGUUAUUUGUGAUGCUUCUGUCCCAGUUACUGAUAAUGAAAAUGUUCUGAUUGUGAACUAUUCUGUAAAAGAUGGCCCUACUAUUGAUUGUGAAAAUGCCCCUGUCCCUAUUACUGAUUGUGAAAAUGUUGCCCGUGAUAACAGGAUUGCUAUCUAUGAUGAAUUUGUCCCUUAGAUUACAACAGCUACAUCUGAUAUUUCCCUUGCUGCCGACGAUGCUUCUGAGGCUUAAAAAGAAUAUGAGGCCCAUAAGGUUAACCUAAGGUCCCUAAGGUUAAUAGUGUCAAUGCUGGCUGUGACAAUGUUGUUUAUAGAGGGGCUGUGAUGAUAAUUCAUUUUCUUGAGCCAGUUGAUGGGCAUUAGGGAUACACGACUCGUAUCGUGGCGUGGCAACACACUGACCAGACCUGAGUAUCUCAUGUGUUCUGUGUGUUUGCAGCCAUGGCGGUGUUAGAUGUUUCUCUUUAGCUGUUAAUGAGCUAUGUCUGAGCCUCCAUUGUUGUUCAUUUAUGGAAGCGACUUCAUUUUUUUAAAUAUAAAAUUUAGUUAUAAUUAAAAAAAAAAAUUAUGAACACUUUCUCUGUGACUAUUGUGGAUAACACUUGUUGUAAUUGAUAAAAACGAAAUUGUAAUUUAGUUAUAGUUAAAAUAUCUAUGUGUAGUAGCAUUGACUCAUUCUGCUAGAUUUCGUAUUGAAGGACAUGUACAUGUCGCUAAAGCAUUGAAGUGCCUAUUUACAUGCUAUAUGAAGUUGUAGCCGUGAUGAUAUAAAAGGUAAAACUAUCAUCGAUUUUAAAAGCAUUGAAGUGCCUAUUCAAGUGCCUAUAAGGUUAAUUGCCCCUUGUUUGUCCAGUGAUGAUAUCAGUUCUGAGGACUCCCAUACUGCAAAUUUUAGUUUUUCAAGUGCUACAGCUUCUCCCGUAUCUUUUCCCUUCAUUUGACGAAAAUGGAAGGCUUUUCCUGAAAAUAGAAGUGCAAAAUUCUAUAGGUGUCUUUAUAAGACCACUUUAGUUUGUUCACACAGUGUAUAUCUUAAUUUUUCCGAAAUAGUUAAAAUAUUUUCCCGAUGCUCUGAGUUUUUUGUGUGUGGGAACUUUGAGAUUAUGGCUGCUUCUUUGCUUCCUUUGUCUACAAGGGUAAGUAUUUAUUAAGUCUCCCAUACCAUUUCGGAGACUUAAAAUGUCAUUGCCUUUGACUUUGAAGGCCCAUUCUUCAUGCUCCAACUGAUUAUGUUUCUGUUGUACCAGUUCCUGCAGAUUGCAUUUCUGAUAAAACUGAUAGAAAUGGACUUAUUGAUUGUGUUUCCGGCGAAGUUGAUACCUUGAAAAAUGAUGCAAUUGUAGCCUAUGAUGAAGCCUCAGUGAAUGCCUUUGGAAAUGCAUUAUCUGCAGGCUGUGGUCCUGAAGUUGAUACAAUUGAGUCAAUAAUUGGAAAUGAAGAACCUCUUUCUGAUCUGUCUAUUGAAACUGACAUGACUUAUACUACACUUGAUCAUCCCCUGUCCUAUGAUGAUAUUCAGUCUGAGGACCCCCCUGUUCUCACUGAGAACCAAUUUCCUGCUGUUGUUUUUUACCGGAUUAUCUGAUUAAUCUACUGCUAUGUUUCUUUUUGCUGCUGCUUUGGCCAUACGAGUUUUAAUGUUAGUUUGUUUCAUCUUUUUUGGCAUUCUGAAAUUAAUUCCAUUCUGGUCGAAAGGAAUUUUGUUCACAAAUGAAGUUUAGGAUACCUAACAUAACUUUGAACUUCUUUACUUUAUCCUUCUGUUAUUUAUUUUUUAAAUUAGAUUUACUAAUUGUGUGUUUUCUCAUCUGCUACAGUCCUCGAAGGAUAUGAGCCAAGACUUGAGAAAUGGAUCCUAAUCAUACUUCAUAGACUGAAACACUUUGAUAGGGAAGAUGGUUUGUCUUUUGCUAAACACACUUCAUUUACUGUCCCUUUUGUUAACGUUUAGCAUACCCUAUUCAAUAUUAUUUAUUAUCUCACAAUUAUUUAAAUGGUGGAAGGGAGUUAGCUUGGUCCUAUUCUGUUACUGCAGCUCCCAGACGGUCGACGCUGUCUACUGCUCCCCUACAAAAAAAUGAAUGUCAAUUUCAUUUUUUGCAACCGUUUGGGUUAAGAAUUUAAACUUAGUGGAUAAAAGCUUUCAUACCUUUUCAAGAUAGAUUCUUUUUUUAAGUUUCUGCCUGCUGAUAUCUCAUUUAUAUCCAUCGUCAUUUUUAGGGACAAUUGAUCCUUCGCUCCUAUGGGAACAAAUAGAGAUCCAGGUUUCCAAGCGAAAAGAAGAAGCUUUUAGCAGGAGAGAGAUAGUUCAUUUUUAUGCUGAAGUCUAAUUUCUAACUUGGCAGCUAUUUAUAUGUGUUUGAGACUUCUAGGUUGAGCUCAGUGUGCUUUUGACCUCUUAACUCUUCAUAUUUAAGAAACAUGUUUAAAUAUGUUCUAGAAUGUAUGACCAAAAACUAUUUUCUUUAGAGUGACAUAGGUAAACAUCCUAGACUUCUAGCCUAAAUCUGGGCCACCUGGCUGACAUUACUCUUUUUCAUUCGUAGUGUGAACUCUGAAGAAGUUGUCUUUUUAGCUUACUCCUCUGUCCCAUAGUUUUCCCUUUAUUGCUUACUAAUUAAUGCGGGUGGAUUUUCAACUUGUUGAGAUAAUAUAUUCUCUGUGUUUAUGUGUAGCACCCGUGGAAGAUAUGAACGGGAGAGCGUUGUUAUGCCAAGUAUAAUCUCUAAAGCCAAUGGUUCACCAGUUUUUCUAAUGCAUAUGAGCUGCUAAAACUCCUGGAAGAAAUCAAGUAGGUUAGUAUGGAUUAGACACUUUUCGUUUUGAUCCUUUUCUACUCUUGUGUAGACUACAUGCAUCUCUUUUUUCCAGCAUGUAAGAAGAAUUUAAUAAUUCAGUCUACGAUUAGUUGCAAUGUACAAAAUGAUGACAUUGUUUUCAUAAAUGUCUGAAACUCUGACUACAAAAAUCAAUAUAAUGCAGCUAAUUGUGUUGGAUAGUCUUAAGUACCGAACCAAUAGCAAGUCAACUGCUAUGUUCCAUUUGUUUGACUAUUGUAGGCACAAGGUCGUAUUAACAAGAUAAGAUGGCAAUGAGCUUGAUUUAUGUACACCAUUUCCUAAGUUGUUAACAGUUCUACUUGAUUUUAUCUUGUAUGCUAAAUUAUAUUUCUUGGUGAAGCAGAGUUUGAAAUAUAGUUGUAUGUUUUUUACCAUCAGGAAAUGAAAGUGAAUUCUUCACUUUGUUGCGCUAACGUUGGCAAAAGUAAAAUUACAACUGCAUAUUUUUUUAUUAUUAUUAUAAAAUAAUAAUAGUAAUAAUAAUAAUAAUAAUAAUAAUAAUAAUAAUAAAAGACUUGAGUAGGAUAACUUUUCUUGUUCUUUUCAUCUUUCAUUAGUGCCUUUUUCUUUACUUUCACCCUGUUAUACUGAGGAAUAAUUUUGCAUUAAAAUAUUUGAGACGACAAUUACAUUUUUUCUUUCAAUAUUUUAUUGAAAAGUUUUCAGCAUGUGGUCCAUUGCAUUACUUUUGUUCGUACAGUGUGCAUUGCAAUAUGGUUACUGCUUAGCAACUAUAUUUAGAUACCUGGUAGUUGGCAAGCUUCUCAGUGUUUAUUGUUUUGGAUGGCCCUUAUUGCUUUAAAACCUGGGAUAUUGCUUCAUUGAGGUUCAGAUCUAUUAUCUGAAGCUUUAUGUCAUGUGAGGUAAGAUAUUUAUCACUGUUAGCUCAAUAUCAGUUAUUAUUACGGUUUGGUUGCCUUUCAAAGUUUGUCUGGAUCGGAUUUUCUAUGUUGAUUUGGAGUGAUAUUUAACCAAGUUAUAUCAUUAAUUUUUCUAGCCUUUCUGGAAAUUGAUCAUCCAGAUGCAUGAGCUCCUUGACAUCAAGCCCUGAUAUUACCUGGGAGUAUGGUGUUUUGCAAACGACCAUAUAAUAAAUGUACCUAUGUCAGUCUAGAACAUGUUUAAAAAAUAUGUUCUAGGAUCUAUAUCCAAAAACUAUUUUCUUUUCUUAGAGUGAGAUAGGUAAACAUGUUUUUCUUAGAGUAAUAUCCCAUUUCUCCUGUUUUAGGCAGUGUGUUAUGCUUUUAUUUUGUCAUUUUCUUUUUUGUUCAUUCAUCAUGUCAAUCUCUGUUUAAUCUGUUUAAAAUGUAAGGAGUGUUUAGAUUGAUGCUGCUCAAAAGAACUUCACUUCAGGUUUUCAUGCCGUUUUUUAUAUACUUCAAAUUUUCCUUGGCUGUUAGUUUUCUUUUUGUUCUGUCAUGUUCCCCUAGAUUAGUUAUCAUUUUUAAUGUACUAUGAAAUCACAGGAUGCCAUAGAAACUUCUUCUUGAAAAACUACCUGACUCUUCUUCAACAAAUUGUAUGUUAUGGAACCUAUCCACUUAUCCAGUCGUGUAUAUAUGUUCUCUUAGUAUAUUUUCAGUUCUAUUACCCUUUAAUAAAUCAAGAUUACGGCCUGAUCCUAAGAAAGUCAAACUUUAUGUUCUGAUUUUUGAGUAAUUUACCUAAAAGAGGGAAUUCUGCAUAGCACCGACACAAUAAUCAUUCUUAUGAAUACGCAAUUUCUAAAUAACAGACUCAUGAAAACAUAGUCUAUGGUAUGUAUCUUCAUUUUGAAAUAAUAGGACAUCUUUUUCGUGUAGAAAGUUUCCUUAUGGAACUAUCCAGAUCUUAGAGAAAGGUAUAUGUAUAUGGAACUUAAAUACCUUUUUCUAAAUGUAUCACACACAUCUUCUACUUGAGUAACAACGUUGGUUUCUCACUUUCAGAUCCUUCCGGGAUUACAGAGAGGUAGCUCUGAAACACUUACAGGCUACUAAAGACUCUGCUGACUCAAACCUGCUUGAAAAGGCUCAUGUUAACUAUGAAGGGGUUAAUUUGUUUCUUAAUUUGACUCAAUAGUCAAUGCCGCCAGCUCUAAACUAUGUGUUUCCCAUAAAGUUUAUUGUGAAAGUAAUUAUCUAAGAUUAGUUUACACUUUAUCCAUCCAAAGAAAAGGAGUAACAAAGUUUUACGUUAGAUACACUUCUUGUUACAAGCACCUUAUGAGGCAUCAUAUUACAUCAUACUGAAUUUGGAAUGUCAACAGGGUAGAAUUGUUAGCUAUGGUGAGUGGUUCAUUUUGAGACUCCCGCUUUAUGAUCCUGUUCUGCCACUUAAUAUCAAGGUGUAUUAGCUAUAUUUUUAAUGUGACUUGUCAACAAUAUGUAUUCUCUGUGUAUUUCCUCCUUCCUGUAAAAGGUCAUGCUUUAAACUUUUUUUUUACCAAAGAAGAAUCAUAUUCCAUUGAAGGGUUUUGACUUUAUGAUUGGCUCCCUUUGCAAAAUUAUUCCUUAUUUUUUGUUUAUGUAUAAAUAAAGCUUCUCUUGUCUGUCAGUACCGGCCUAGCUCGGUACGUGCUUUCAGGAUGCCUGAUGGAGAUUGGCAACUUUCUGGUUAGUCAUUGUUUAUGUGGGGAUUAUGCAACUUAGCUUUCAAAGCAGAGUUUUUAAGUAAUGUAAUUAAACUUUUAAUCAAAAUAAUAGAGAUAAGAAGACAUUACAUUGGAACAUAAUGACUAUUAUAUUACUUUAGGAUCUUAUGUCAACUUAUAUGAUGGUCGUGUCAGAAUAUUUAAUAUCACUUUAAUGGUUUAACACAAGCCUGAAGCUACGAGUUCCAAUCUUUUAUAUGUUUUCACUUUACAGGCUGCUAUCGUUACUUCAUAUACAUUGGAGAAUGAUAUAGCUUUUCCUUUGUGUUGCUCCACAGCAACUAGAAGCUAUGUGUACGUAAAUUACAAGUUUGUUGGAUUAAUAGAAAAUUUUGUUUCGUAUUGACCUCAGUGCAUCUCUGCGAAACAAUGCAGACUUUCAGUAAGUUGUGUUCUUAAAGAACGAAAGUAUCACAAUUUUCUCCUCCUGGGCAGCCAGGGGGCACAUGUUAUGAGCCUGUGAUUGUUAUUGUUGAUUAUCUUCUAUGAUGAAUAUAAAAUUCCC